GUGUGAAAGCCAAGAGCUUGAUGUUGAAAUAAGGAAUCUGAUAGAGAAGAGUAACACUCGCCAGUCCUGCGAGCACCCCAGACCUAUUGCCCAAGAAAGCGUGAACCCUGAGAGAACUUCGUGUUCCCUUAAGAUCCAUAGUGAAGCAAAUGCUCAGGACCGUCUUGGAUGUGCACGGGCAGGUGUGAGUGACAUGGAAGCCCCAGCAGACCCACUAGAAUCAAGGCACAUAUUGCUGACCAAAAAGAAGACUGUAUCAGCCAGUUCUCUGGAACAACAGAUCCUCUCUCUAGAAGGACAGAGACGAGAGCUUUUGGAGGUGAACAAGCAAUGGGAUCAUCAAUUUAGAAGUAUGAAACAGCUUUAUGAGAAACAGCUGGCAGAAAUGAAAGCAAGACUGGACGUGUCAGAGAGGAGAGUCAGUGAACUGGAGGAAAAGAGGCACCGACAGCAUCCAGAAGCUGAGAGGUUGCGAGCCCCGGGCAGAGAGCAGCCGCUGCAGGAAAUGAAGGAAACAAAGGUCCUUAGCGAAGCUCUUCAUGAAAUGAAGGAAGAGAACAGGCUCCUGAAGCAGAAGAAUGCCUCGAUGGUGAGAAAGAAAGAACACUAUGAGUGUGAAAUAAGUCGUCUCAAUAAGGCCCUUCUGGAUGUGUUGAAAAAGCAGCACUCACCUGUACUAGGGAAUCCUUCAGCGAAGGGAGGCAGAAACAGCCUUGAGGACAUGAGAACCCAACUUGAAGUUCUCAGACAGCAGGUACAAAUAUAUGAAGAAGACUUCAGAAAGGAGAGAUCUGACAGAGAAAGACUUAAUGAGGAGAAGGAAGCAUUGCAGAAAAUUAAUGAGAGAUUACAGUCUCAACUGAACAAACUAAACUCUCAGUUGAAGGAAGGUAAAGAGAAGCUUGUGAAGGAUUUAAAGCAACAGACAAAAGAUCUCCCGCCAGACUAUCAGUGGUAUGUUCCUGACCAAUUUCCGCCAGAUGUGCAGCACAAGGCAAAUGGUCAUAGUAAGAAAAAUGUCCCUCGCUCCCAGAACCUGAAAGCUGCCUCUGAUCGAAACAUAACGAGGGAGAAG